AUGUUUUUGAGCGAACCCCCGCCACCACCUGCUCACCCAAUACUCGCAAACCGGCACCUCGAUACACGCAUCAAAUUGACGGUUUUGAAGAGCGUCAUCGUACCGCCGCUAGAGUACGCCGGAGAAGUAUGGGAAGGAAAUAAGAAGGUAGUGAAAGAACUCGAGGCGGCGCACAUGAAAGCAGCGAAAAUCAUCCUAGGAUGCUCCAAGCGCACAAGUAAUGCAGCCGUCAGGGCAGAAUUGGGGAUCCAAUCCCUACGGUCGGGAAGAGACGCGAGGAAGCUGACAUGGCAGUAUCGCAUGUGCGGGAUGGGAGAGGAGAGGUUGCCGAGAAUUGUAUGGGAGGCGAAGUGGGCGAACAAAAAGAGGGGUAGGCAACCCACGGAAUGGGUCAAGAUUGUAGAGGCCGUAUGGAAGGGGCUCGACAUCGACGAAGAUGAAACGCUGGAAACGGAGGGUCUACAGGGGUUCAAGGAGAAGAUAUAUGUUGCUUGUGCCGAGAGAGAAGAACAGAAUCUAAGGAAAGAAUCCGAGGAUAAGGAGGGUCUAGAAGUGUACGGAAUGUUGAAGGAAGGAAUAGGGUUCAAGGACUACCUACAUGGACCAAUGGAUGCAGGAACAAAGCUUAAGGUCAAAUUCAGGACCGGGGACAUAGGCCUUCGAGAACGUCGACGAAGACAUAGGACGGUAGACGAGGAAGACGACGAGUUCAAAUGUGAUUGCGGCUUCGAAUGCGAAGACCGUGUUCAUGUAGUCGCGGAAUGUCCGUUGUACAAGAAGGAGAGGGAAGUGUACGUGACUGAGCUGGGAAAAAUAGAUGGAACGUACAGGGAGAUGUUUGAGGCAUGGAAUAGAGAGGAAAGGACGGUAGCUGUAGUGGGGCAUAGGAGGUGGGUUGAAAAGGCGGGAAGGGAUAUCGUUAGGAUAGACAGACUAGGGAAGACAUUUUUGAGCCACCUUUGGCAAAGUAGAAAGGAACGAUUGGCCAUCGAUUUCACCGAGAUCAUGCGAGCGCUGGGCUACCCCCGGUCGGUUUCCAUGGACAACUUCCGGGCCCCCAACUUCCAGCUCGUGGCGGACGUCUUGUAUUGGAUGGUGAAACGCUACGACCCGGACAUCGCGGUUUCUGACAAUAUCGAGAGCGAGAACGACCGCGUAGAUUUCUUGACCGGAGUGGCGGGGGUGAGCUACCUAUUUUACACGUACAGCUACGGUGGGGG